AUGGCAGUGGUGACGACGGUGGCGCUGACAGUGACGAUGACAAUGGCGGUGGUGAUAUGGGGGGGUGGUUGUGAUGGUGUGGUGGCGGGGCGUGGUGGGUGUGGUGGUGGUGAGGUGGUGGCGCGUCGUGGUGUGUGGGGUGGCGAAGGUGGGAGUGGGCAAGUGACGAUGGUGGGUAGAGGCCCAAGGGAUAGUGGUGUGUGA